UACCUUUCUUUUCUUCUUUUGGCACGUACUCCUGCGGUUCCCUCGGCCGUGCACAAGCCGAAGCCGGUGGGUGCCGCAGGGACGUGCCCAAGCCGAAAUCGUUUGACCAGCCAUGGGUGCAUCGCUUGGGGGUAUUCCCAACGUUUGCUGUACGACUCGCGGAGAUGAAGCCGCAGUGCAUUUGAUCAAGAACAGGCACAAUUCCUGGCAAGACCUUCCAGAAGCCGAUGAAUUCCAAGCUUUCUUUGAUUGCUACGAGACUCAUGAGGAGAUGCUCCAAAGGGCACAUUCCGGCGAAGGGAGCCUCCCCGGGCCUCGGCGCUACCCCCUGGAACGGCGUGGGAGCGACUGCACUCGCUCCUUGGGUCUCGUGCCCGAGGCUGGCUUCCGUACCUAUGCAGAGCGUGAGUCCCUGCGUGGCAUGCCACGGAAGACGGACCCAGACUCGGUGCCCCUCUUGCCGGAAGACGUCUACGAAGACCUGGUGCCGGUGCUCCGCAACGAUGUCCGAGAACAGUGGAGACGUCGUAUCGAGGAGGGCGACCUGGAUGAGAAGCUCCGCGUGCAGUUGAAGCACGGCUUUCCGGAGCUGGAGGAGUGGACGAACCUCACAACGGUGCGGCGCAUGCUACGAGCCUCUCAAGGCAGCAUGAGUCAGGCUGUGCCGAUGCUGAUGAAGGCCAUCGAGUGCCGCGUACGGGAGAGGGAGCUGUUCCAAUCUAUGCGCUGCAAGGUGGCCUGCGACAUGCGCAUCAUUGGCCGUGAUCGGGAGAACCGGCCGGUGAUUUAUCUGAGUGCGCGGUCGCAGACGGAACACCUUCGCGAGCUGAUUCCACAUGUCUUUUUGGCUUUCGAGGCAGCUUCACGGCUGGCUCAAGAAGAUGGUCAAGCAAUCCUGGUGGCUGACAUGAUUCAGAUGCAGCCAUCGCUCAACAUGGACCCCUUCGCCUUUAAAGAUCUCGCGAACAACUUCGGUGUGGUCUUUGCAGACCGGUUGAAGUGCAUUCUCAUCGUUGACUUUUCCUUCAUCGCACAGGCGGUUUGGUCAACCUUGAGACCCUUCCUGAGCGAGCGGACGCAGAAGAAGAUUAACUUUGUCAACGAGGCAAAAGCCCGGAUCAUCGUGAAAGAGACCUUCACCGCACCCACACAAGACAGGGUCUUCAGCUCCUUCGACAUCAAUCGCGAUGAGUUGAGUACGUCAGAGGAUCGCUUCUCGCACGCGCUCCGCACCGCCAUCUGCGAUGUGCCCUUGGGGGAGCUCAGGGCAGCAGACGAGGCUGGAUGAGGGCAGCCUGCGCGAUGGUCCAAGAAUUCAACCAGCUUCGAGAUUUGGCUGGCUCUUUUGAGGUUCCCUUAUCUGUUCGUAUUCGGACAUCACCCUAAAUUAACAUCCAGUCC